CCUGCCUCUGCUGCUGACGUCUUUUAUACUACUUUUUUAUAAGGCAAAAAUAUGUAUCUGACAACAAAGUGAUUAUUCCAGCCAGAGACACUCGUGUCACCUGUGCAGACUUUAAAACAGCGAAAAGGAGAGAUUCUACUUGCUUCUUUUUUUAUUAUUUAUUAUUGUUUUUUACCUUUGGGGCGUUGAGUGGGGGCAUUUUACACAAAUUAAACAUGCUACUCUGCUUCGCCCUAUAAGCAUCUAGGAGCCUGUGCUUACCAAUCAAUUGGUACAGUCAAACAGAGCCGCUGCUGCGUUAGAGUGGAGACCUUCAGUCUCGCCGUAUUUCUGGAUAUUGGGGGACCUCUCUACCAUGUCAUAUCCACAAUUUGGAUAUCCCUACUCGUCUGCUCCACAAUUCCUGAUGACAACCAACUCUCUGACCACUUGCUGCGAGUCCACCGGCAGAUCCAUCGCCGACUCCGGAGUAGCGGCGUCCGGACAGACACCAGUCUACUGUCCCGUGUACGAGAGCCGGCUGCUGGCCACAGCGAGGCAUGAACUGAGCUCGGCCGCGGCGCUGGGAGUGUACGGGAGCCCGUACACCGGCGGCCAAGGCUACGGGAAUUACGUUACAUACGGCACGGACGCCUCGGCUUUCUACUCCCUGGGAACAUUCGACACUAAAGAUGCCACAGCUUCUGCGCAUGCGGGAAUAACACAGGCAACAGCCUACUACCCCUAUGAUCCAACCCUGGGACAGUAUCAGUAUGACAGAUAUGGUUCCAUGGACGGAGGAACGAGGCGGAAGAACGCCACGCGUGAGACGACCAGCACGCUGAAGGCCUGGCUGCAGGAGCACAGGAAGAACCCCUACCCAACCAAAGGGGAGAAGAUCAUGCUGGCCAUCAUCACCAAGAUGACCCUGACGCAGGUCUCCACAUGGUUCGCCAACGCCAGGAGGAGGCUCAAGAAGGAGAACAAGAUGACGUGGCCGCCCAGAAACAAGGGCUCAGAGGAGAAGAGAUACGACGACGACGAGGAUGGCUCUCAGGAGGAGCAGAUAAAAAGCGAGAAUAAUGAUGAUGAGACCAGGAGUCGGCCUGACAAGGACCUGCAGCUCAGCGACCUGGAGGAUUUCGACACGCUGGAGUCUGAGAGCUCCGAGUGCGAGCUGAAGCACCGAUACCACCUGAACACGCACAUGUCCACGACGACCAGCGAUUGUCCGGCCGAGCACCUCAUCAAGGACGCGUCCCUGAAGAUCCCCAUCCCGGUGUCCCUCGGAGCGGAGCAGGACUUGAGCAAAAGCUGCCUCAAAACGAGCCCGGAGGAUUUCCAGGCGGACAGCAGGCAGCAGAAGGUGUGUUACAACCAGCAGCCAGCAGGACACCAGAUACUAGACGGGAAACCCCGGAUCUGGUCUCUGGCCCAAACCGCGACGUCCCUCAACCAGACUGAGUAUCCGUCCUGUAUGCUGAGGUGCCAGCCGCCGCCCUCCUCCCUCACCCCGUCCCCCGCCGCUACCUCACCCGUGACCGGCCUGGACAACAGACAGGACUCGCCGGUCACGACCCUGAGAAACUGGGUGGACGGGGUUUUCCACGACCCCUUGUUCAGGCACAGCACUUUGAGCCAGGCUCUGACCAACACCACCGUCUCUUGGACCACGAACACCAAAGGCGCCAUUCUGGAGGCGGAGCGGAGCGCGGCGGGUCUGCAGCAGCACCAAGACUCCUCCAAAGACAUGAGCUUCCCAAAAACUAUCAACAAACUUUUCUGCUCCUAACAGAACCAAAACGAGCCGUUUAUUGCAAAAAAAGACAGAGACUUCUGGUGACUUGAGUCGGUUGGGAAAGCCUCCAUGAUUCCCCUCAUCCAGUUUUAUUGGUUUUAAAGCAGGUGUAGCCUCAUGCUGUUACACUGGAGUUACAGAUCGAUCAGUUAGGCUUAUUUCAUCCAGCGCACGCACAAAACGUAUCGAAAUGUAAAAGUUUACAUCUUGGAGAGAUAAAAAAAAUACGGUUUACAUGAUUUUUUUUCCCUUUUUAAAUAAUUUUCUUUACCAUGCGCAUGCAAAUGUAACUGAAUAUUAUUUAGGUCUCAGCAGUUGAGUAUCACUAUUAAAAGAAGAAAAAAAGAGUCUCACAAAUGCACUGCUCUCCUGGAAAGUGGAUGAGAGCGUUUCAACUUUGUUCACUGAAAAUAAAAGCAGUCGGUUUCUGAAGA